UGCAGUUGGUGUGUCCCCCUCAACUGAACGCGAGUUUAUGUAUCGCCGGAGUUUUCAUGAUAACAGCCUAUCAAGCUACAUGGAAAAGAUAGGGGAAGGAGAUGCAGAAGAUCAAGCUGAUAGUGAUGAUGAGCAUCCACUCCAAGACUCCAAGGACUUCAGCAGACCAAAGCUCAGUGACCAUGAUGAAGCCCGGCUAAACUCUUGCAUCGAUGGUAUUCGCAAUGUAAUGGGUGACAAUGUACCAGAGCAUGUAAUGAUCGACACAGUACUCAAGACGAAUUUUAGCCUUGAGAAGGCUCUUGAUUCUAUACUUCAUACACAAACAAAUGAAAAGCAACCAGCGAAGAAACCUGUGCCAAACGUAGUACUACAGGGACCUGGCGCUAAACCAAAGAAUCCACAGAGAACAGGAGCCUUAGGAUUUUCUUUUUUAAAUUCUACUAGGCUAGAAAGUAAACCCUCCCCAGUGUUUAACCUUCAGUCACCACCUAAGCCCACUUCCUCUGAUAAUAAUGUUAAGGACCAAAGAACUAAAAAUCUGGGUAACACACAAGAAGCAAUCACAUCACUAAAUAAUCCCAAUGAUACGAAUAGUGAUAAUCGCAGUGAAUAUGUAAAGGGAAUUUGCAGCAUUGAUGGAAUUAAUCAAAGACUGUCAUUAGGAAAGCUACAAGGAAUGUCAGAACAAACUGUGCCAUUAGCCAGUUUAGCAUCAAGUCAGAAAAUUGGUAGUAAUGUUGGUGUGACAUUGAGCAGCUUGGCAAAGACACAUCUUGGCUCUGGGCCUAAAGCUACCUCUAGCCUACACUUAGGUGCAAAACAUUCUCCAUUUGUUGGACAGUUGCUCUCUACUUUAGCUAAUGCACCUGGUGGUGUAAAACUUGGUCCAAAAACAAGCUCCUUGAGUGGGCUCCAGAAGAAUUCAUCCACUGCUAAACCAGUCAGUUUAAGCACCUUGGCAACUGAUCAUUUGUCAAGCAGUCCUAAAUAUCAGUUAGUCGGUGAUUAUAAGGGUGAAAAAGUUGGUUCACCAGGGCAAGGUGGCACAUUAAAUUCCUUGGCCACAAACUACUUGAGUAAAGAGAGAUCAGGAAUCCCACCACCUAAAACAACAGAGAAUCCUGUGAGCAGUAUUGUCCUAAAGAAGUCAAGUCUUGAGUCCUCAACCAGUAGCAGUCCAGAAGAAAGCUCUUUGACCCAUCGACCAAAAGGAGCUACCAGAAGAAGAGGACGGAAGGCUUUAGCAAAACAAAAGCACACGAAGGUGGAAACUGAAACCCGCCAAUGCCUGGUUCCACAAAUAGCUGGAGAACUGGAUCUUGAGACAUCACCCAUGGCUCAGAUGUCUGCAUUCUCAAGAGCAAUGUGUGCAGAGCCUGAAUUAAGAGUUCUUCCAAGACAUCUGCAGUCCUUAUCUGCAUCCCCCUGCCAUCAGUCAUUCAGCCCACCGGAGCCAAGUACUGGGACAUUCCAAUAUAAGAGGCAGUUGUCACAGACCUCACAUGACAAUUAUAAAACAAUUAUCCCAUUUGAUUUUUCUACGCCCUCUCCUGAUGAUAUAAUUAAGGAAAAACAUAAUGCUGCAUUUACAAGAAGCAAAGAGGGGGGUAAAGACAGCACAAAUGUGAAUUCUAAGGCAUCAGAUACCAUGCUUACACUGCCCUUGCAGUCCACACCCCCUAGAAAGAAUUUCACUUCACCGACAAGAGGUGUGACAAGGGGCUUUAAUGUGGCCAGUGAUGACUUGAAUUCAGGAAUGGGAAAGCGGUUCUCAGUGGAUUCUGGAAAGAAGUUGGACAUUUCAGUAGGACAAAGACUGCCAACGGUACGAAGCACACCAGACUUAGUUUCUAUGGCAAAUUCAACACCUAACCGAAGGGAAAGCAAAAGUGGUAGUGGAAAAUUGGGAAUAGACAUUGCAAAAGCCUUUGAGGAACGACAAGCAGAAAAGCCUCUGCUUAAUCUGGUGGUCAUCGGCCAUGUAGAUGCGGGCAAGUCAACGUUGAUGGGCCACCUGUUACAACAGUUAGGUAACGUUAACCAACGGACAAUGCAUAGAUAUGAACAGGAAUCAAAGAAACAGGGCAAAGCCUCGUUUGCAUAUGCAUGGGUUUUAGAUGAAACUGGUGAGGAAAGGCAAAGAGGGAUUACAAUGGAUGUUGGCAUCAAUAAGUUUGAGACAGAGCAUCGGAUAAUCACUCUACUUGAUGCGCCAGGACACAAAGAUUUCAUUCCAAACAUGAUUACAGGUGCUGCUCAGGCUGAUGUUGCUGUGCUAGUGGUUGAUGCAACACGAGGAGAGUUUGAAACUGGUUUUGAGUCUGGUGGCCAGACGAGAGAGCAUGCAAUGCUGGUCAGGUCAUUAGGGGUCACUCAGUUAGUAGUAGCCGUCAAUAAGUUAGAUACAGUGGACUGGUCAGAGGACAGAUUCAAUGAAAUUGUACAAAAAUUAAGUCAUUUCCUGAAACAGGUGGCUGGGUUCAAGGAAUCAGACUUGGUAUAUGUACCCUGCAGUGGAUUAACAGGAGAAAACCUGUCAAAAAGGACACAAGAAAAACUGCUUCGUCAGUGGUACAAGGAGAGGUCCUUACUGGAGUGUAUAGAUUCAUUCAAACCACCAAAGCGAUCUCUAGAUAAGCCAUUUAGACACUGUGUGUCAGAUAUUUUCAAAGGUAUGGGAUCUGGCUUCAGUGUAAGUGGGAAGAUAGUGUCAGGAAGUGUCCAAGUUGGACAGAAGGUGGUGGUUAUGCCAGCCGGAGAUAGUGGAGUUGUCAAAUCUGUGUUUAUUCAUGAAGAAGACAUGAAGUGGGCUUGUGCAGGGGACCAUGCAACACUCACAGUGACAGGAAUUGAUCAGAUGAAUGUAACUGUGGGCAAUAUUAUAUGUAAUGUAGAUCAACCAAUUGCAGCCUGUGUUCGGUUUAGAGCAAGGAUCAUCACUUUCAGCUUAGAAAUACCAAUUACAAAAGGAUUUCAGGUGCUGAUGCAUUACCAGACCUUGAGUGAGCCAGCAACUGUCAGGAAACUAGUUAGCAUAUUACACAAAAGCACUGGAGAAGUACUCAAACAAAAACCAAGGUGUCUUACCAAACAUACAAAUGCUAUCAUUGAGAUUGAUGUUUCACGGCCGAUAAGUUUAGAGUUAUACAAAGAUUUUAAAGACCUUGGACGAUUUAUGCUACGGUACAGUGGAUCAACAAUAGCAGCUGGGCUGGUAGUUGAGAUUCUGAAGUAAACACAAGGUUAGCGUUGCAAACAUCCACAGCAUUGUAACACCAAUGUAAAAAGCAAGACGUUUUGUGCAAAGCACUGUUGUAUAUACAGCUGAAGUGCCCGUACUGUAUUCAUUUGCCAGUUAAAUAGGGCGCCCUCUUUCAGCCUAAAGAGCAAAAGCAAUAUUUUUACAGUACAUACAAUUUUAUUGAGCAACAAAGUGGGACAACCAUUUGAUGUUGGCAGGACAAUAUUAACUGGUCAUGCCCAAAUGACUAUGUGAAAGAAUGAAGCUGUCUGUAUAUGAGUAGUAAUCAGUUUGUGGAUUACACACCAGAUUUUUUUGGUUGAAGGCAAGCGUGCUUGUUAAUUAUUCAAUUAACAUGUACGGUGGGUUCUGAUAUUGAAGAGGGCUAGAUAUCAUGGCCAAGGUUGUAUAGCAGUUCGUAAAGUAAUGUAAUAUUUGAAUGGCUUUUUGGCUAUCCAGUGACAGGAAUAAAUUUGUACUAGGUUUUAAUUUAAAGAGGUGAAUUAAAAAUAUAAAAUCAUGAAACAAAAAUAAAAAAAGUGUUAUUGAAUAUCUAUGCUAAAUGAAAGGUUAUAUUAACUUAUUUCAAUAAACUUGUUUGGGGUGGGGUUAGAGACUUAGCGAUGACUGCUUAGUGAACUAAAAUAAAUCUAUCCUAUUUUUAAGAUUUGAGCAACACAAAUUGUUUUUUUCUGUAAUCUAUAUAUUUUGAAAGUGUCUGCAAUUUUAGCUUUUACUAUUUUACCAGCCAAGAGAAAUUUUAGAAAAUAAAUGGUAAUGCAUAUGAAUAUUUUCUUCCUUCGUUCUGAAAUCAGAAUCUUAUAUUUCAGAGGUGUAGUUAAAAUCAGGAUUGUUUAGCACUGCCCAGCAGUAAAAUGAUGUAGAACAUGUUAUGUUGUGUCGGGUUACUCAUGACAGUGAGUUGAAAACUCAAGAAUGAUCAGUGAAAGGUAUCAGCCUCACAUAAAAAAUAUAAAAUAAAAUUCUUCCAUACUUU